GCAAAUGAUCAGGGACUGGUGGACUGCAGGCAGCCGGUGCUGUUGCCUGGAAGUAGAUUUCCAUCUUUUCCGACACUAGUUUGAAGGGGCAGUGUGUUCUGGAAGCGGGUGGCAGUAGGGAGGAGGAUGCUGUGAGCAGAGUUCUUUAGCUCCACUCCUCAGGGGAAGCCGAGCUGUGGGAGAGCCUUCUUACUGAGCGGACGGCGUGUGAAUUGGAAAGGAUCCUGAGAGCUGGCGGGUCCCAGUUCCUCUCCGGAAAAGCAGUCGCUCUCCCUUUCGGAGAUGCGCCUAACCUUCGCCUGCAUCACACUGCAUGCUUUAACACAUUAUUGAAACUACAAACAUCUACAGCAGUUUUAUGUGGACAGAUUGUGUGUUUUGAAAGCUUCAUAUAUUUCAUCAUGAAACAUGCCACUUGGGAUCUUUGAAGCAUAGAGUUCUGCCCAACACCUGAAUAAAGAAUCCCUUUCCUGGUAUGAAAGAGAACUUAUCUCCACCAUGACAAAUCAGGAAAAAUGGGCCCACCUCAGCCCCUCAGAAUUUUCCCAACUUCAGAAAUAUGCUGAGUAUUCUACAAAGAAAUUAAAGGAUGUUCUUGAAGAAUUCCAUGGUAAUGGCGUGCUUGCAAAGUAUAAUCCUGAAGGGACCAUAGAUUUUGAAGGUUUCAAGCUAUUCAUGAAGACAUUCCUGGAAGCCGAGCUUCCCGAUGAUUUCACUGCACACCUUUUCAUGUCAUUUAGCAACAAGUUUCCUCAUUCUAGCCCAAUGGUUAAAAGUAAGCCUGCUCUCCUUUCAGGUGGUCUGAGAAUGAAUAAAGGUGCCAUCACUCCUCCCCGUACUUCUCCUGCAAAUACGUGUUCCCCAGAAGUAAUCCACCUGAAGGACAUUGUCUGUUACCUGUCUCUCCUUGAAAGAGGAAGACCUGAGGAUAAACUUGAGUUUAUGUUUCGCCUGUAUGACACAGAUGGGAAUGGCUUCCUGGACAGCUCGGAGCUAGAAAAUAUCAUCAGUCAAAUGAUGCACGUUGCUGAGUACCUUGAAUGGGAUGUCACUGAACUUAAUCCAAUCCUUCACGAAAUGAUGGAAGAAAUUGACUAUGAUCAUGAUGGAACCGUGUCUCUGGAGGAGUGGAUUCAAGGAGGAAUGACAACAAUCCCACUUCUUGUGCUCCUGGGCUUGGAAAAUAAUGUGAAGGAUGAUGGACAGCAUGUGUGGCGACUCAAGCACUUUAACAAACCUGCCUACUGCAAUCUUUGCCUGAACAUGCUGAUUGGUGUGGGGAAACAGGGCCUCUGCUGUUCCUUCUGCAAGUACACAGUUCAUGAGCGCUGCGUGGCUAGAGCACCUCCCUCUUGUAUCAAGACCUAUGUGAAGUCCAAAAAGAACACUGAUGUCAUGCACCAUUACUGGGUUGAAGGCAACUGCCCAACUAAAUGUGAUAAGUGCCACAAAACAGUUAAAUGUUACCAGGGACUGACAGGACUGCAUUGUGUUUGGUGUCAGAUCACACUGCAUAAUAAAUGUGCUUCUCAUCUAAAACCUGAAUGUGACUGUGGACCUUUGAAGGACCAUAUUUUACCACCCACAACAAUCUGUCCAGUGGUCCUGGAAAGACAAGCAACAGUGAAAAAGGAAAAGAGUGGUUCCCAGCAGCCAAACAAAGGAUCUGAUAGGAACAAAAUGCAAAGAGCCAACUCUGUUACUGUCGAUGGACAAGGCCUACAGAUCACUCCUGUUCCUGGAACUCAUCCGCUUUUAGUUUUUGUGAACCCCAAAAGUGGUGGGAAGCAAGGAGAACGAAUUUACAGAAAAUUUCAGUAUCUACUAAAUCCUCGACAGGUUUACAGUCUUUCUGGGAAUGGACCAAUGCCAGGGUUAAACUUUUUCCGGGAUGUUCCUGACUUCAGAGUGUUAGCCUGUGGUGGAGAUGGAACCGUGGGCUGGAUUCUGGAUUGCAUAGAAAAGGCUAAUGUAGUCAAGCAUCCUCCAGUUGCUAUUCUGCCUCUUGGGACUGGCAAUGACCUAGCGAGGUGCCUGCGAUGGGGAGGAGGUUAUGAAGGUGAGAAUCUGAUGAAAAUCCUAAAAGACAUUGAAACCAGCACAGAAAUCAUGUUGGACAGAUGGAAGUUUGAAGUCAUACCUAAUGACAAAGAUGAGAAAGGAGACCCAGUGCCUUACAGUAUCAUCAACAAUUACUUUUCCAUUGGUGUGGAUGCCUCCAUUGCACACAGAUUCCACAUCAUGAGAGAGAAACACCCAGAGAAAUUCAAUAGUAGAAUGAAGAACAAAUUUUGGUAUUUUGAGUUUGGCACAUCUGAAACUUUCUCAGCCACCUGCAAGAAGCUCCAUGAAUCUGUAGAAAUAGAAUGUGAUGGCGUACAGAUUGAUCUAAUAAACAUCUCUCUGGAAGGAAUUGCUAUUUUGAAUAUACCAAGCAUGCAUGGAGGAUCCAACCUCUGGGGAGAGUCUAAGAAAAGAAGAAGCCAUCGACGGAUAGAGAAGAAAGGGUCUGACAAAAGGACCACACUCACAGAUUCCAAAGAGUUGAAGUUUGCAAGUCAAGAUCUGAGUGAUCAGCUACUGGAGGUGGUUGGUUUGGAAGGAGCCAUGGAGAUGGGGCAAAUAUACACAGGACUGAAAAGUGCUGGCCGAAGACUGGCUCAAUGCUCUUCUGUGGUCAUCAGGACUAGCAAGUCUCUGCCAAUGCAGAUUGAUGGGGAACCAUGGAUGCAGACACCAUGCACAAUAAAAAUCACACACAAGAACCAAGCCCCAAUGCUGAUGGGCCCUCCUCCAAAAACCGGGUUAUUCUGCUCCCUCGUCAAAAGAACAAGAAACCGAAGCAAGGAAUAAUCUUCUAUGAUUUUGUUCUUAGAAAUUUAAUUAGAAUAAUUGGGCCAUGGAACAUUUAUGCUGGAAAUCUUCAAACCAUUUCAAGUCUUCUGUUCAUGCAAAAUCAUGGAAUUGGUUUAAUAGAUUGUGUUUCUGAGCUAAUGUAAAAUUCAGCUAUUAGAAAAUUUAUUGUCUCAGUUUUUAUAGGCACCUUUGCAUGAAGAAAGCAGAAGUUUACAUGAAGUGGUACUGCAUAUUUUUGUUGCAUGCAUUCCCAAAGAGUUUUAUGUCUCCCACUGACUCUUACUCAAUUUCCAUUUAUUAAUCUGUGAGAAAAACCUGUGAAACGUGAAAAGGAAAUACCAUGGGAAACACAAGUCUCAGUGUGAUUCUAAUUAUUAAUAAGCAUUAAUCAGUAAUGCUGCAAUGAUCAUAGUUGCAGAUUGCUAUACUUUUCCCUCUUAGUGUAUCAAAUGAUCUUUGAUGACUUAAGGAGACACUUUUAACUCAAAGGUUCUAUUCAAUAGUUG